AUGAAACGCAUUAGAUUAAUAUGGCUGUGUUUAGUGUUGAUGCUGAGUGGGUCUGCCCUUGCGGAGAUAGCGCUUGAUCCAGUUCGGGAUCAAAUCGAAAUAUAUAGACAAAGAACUGCGGGAGCCAGCCUCCUCAUGACCACGAGUAGCGGCGCGCCAGUGGAACGUCGCGACACCUCAACCUUGAACAAAAGACUCAUUUACAACAACUACUUCAUGGACUCCCUCUCCCAUGUCACUCGUGAACGAAUCCCAGAACGCGUCGUUCACUCUAAAGGAACGGGCGCAUUUGGUUACUUAGAAGUUACACAUAACGUCUCUCAAUACACUAAAGCCGAUUUUCUAAACGGAGUCGGAAAAAGAACGCCCAUUGCAGUGAGAUUUUCACCAACAGUCGUAGAAAGAGGAGGCAGCGACUUAUUCAGAGGUGCGCGAGGAUUCGCGGUUAAAUUCUACACAAAAGAAGGAAAUUUUGAUAUUGUCGGAUUCAAUACCCCUAUGUUUGUUGCUAGGGAUCCAAUAUUAUUUACUACUUUCGUACGUGGGCAGAGAAGAAAUCCGUCGACAGGUAUCCGGGAUAGCAAUAUGAUGUGGGAUUUUUUGACAAUAUACCCAGAGAGUUUAAGCCUAUUUUUAAUUAUAUCAGGAGAUGAUGGCGUACCUAAAGGGUACCGUCAUAUUCCUGGGUUUAGCAUACACACAUAUCAGUUUCAGAAUAAAUUUGGCGAGAUCUAUUUUGCCAGAUUACACAUAACCCCCGAUAUUGGGAAAGCGAGUAUAACCGCUGAAGAAGCUAGAGAGUUACAGGGCACUGAUCCUGAUGUGUUUACUAGAGAUUUAUAUGAAGCUAUCGCUUGCGGGAAAAAGGUCAGCUGGACCUUUAGUAUACAGGUAAUGAGUCUGAAACAAGCGCUAAAUUUGAACAUCGAUGUCUUUGAUUUAACUUUAGAAAUUCCUGAAGAUUUAGUCCCACUCGUUCCUGCGGGACGACUAGUACUUAAUAGAAAUCCAGUAAAUCAGUUUGCAGAAAUAGAACAACUUGCUUUCUGUCCUUGUAACCUCGUGCCAGGUAUUGACGGAGCACCUGAUAAGUUAUUUGAAGCUCGAUGUUUCGCAUAUAGAGAUGCUCACCUUUAUCGUUUAGGAGCUAACUUUAAUAAAAUUAAGGUUAAUUGUCCAUUCUAUGCACACGCAUAUAACAGAGACGGUCGCGCUCCUGUGGGAGACAAUGAACGGGAUAUACCAAAUUAUUAUGAAAACUCUUUUAAUGGACCCAUGGCGUAUAACGAUACUUACAGAUCGGAAUUAAUAGAAAUUUUUGAGAAAGAACAAAACAAUUUUGCACAAACAGCACGUAUUUAUCAAAAUAUGUCGAAAGGUGAAAAGGACCGCUUGAUCAGCAAUCUUUUGAACAGUUUAGGGCCCGCCCUACCGUCCCUGCAUGUUAAAGCAGUGAAAAUAUUUAAGGAAAUUGACCCAGAGCUCGGUGGCCGAGUGGAGCAAGGUUUACAAGAAUAUGAGAGAGAAGCUGCUUGCAGCCUACCAUUUGAGAAUUGA